UUAUUGUGGUGCCUCCUUAAAUAUAAAAUGUCAAAAUCAGCUGAUCAAAAAAAACGUAAACAGAAAAGACGAAGGCAAAAACCAAAUCAAAGAUAAACUAGAAAUAAAAAUUUAUCCGCUUCGCAUUAAAAAAUUAUGGCGAAAAAUAUCGACAAAGUGCGAAUCCUUCUUGUGGGAGAUUCAGGCGUUGGAAAAACCUGCCUUACCCAUCUAAUUGCCCAUAACGAAUCACUAACCCAGCCCGGAUGGACAGUUGGCUGUUCCAUCGAAGUGAAACUACACGAAUACAAAGAAGGAACUCCACAGCAGAAUACAUUUUUUAUUGAACUCUUCGACAUUGGAGGUUCAUUAAAUCACAAAAACUCUAGGGGAGUAUUUUACAAUCCAACUCAUGGAAUUAUUUUAGUUCAUGAUUUGACCAAUCGUAAAAGUCAUGAAAAUCUCAAAGAAUGGCUUUAUGAAAUUUUAAAUAAAGAUGGAAAAGAUACUGCAAAAGGCAAUAACACUGCCUCACUAGCUUCAGAUUCAACACUAUUCGAUCCGGAACAAUUCUUUGGAUCAACACAAAUUCCAAUCUUGGUCGUUGGAACUAAACUUGAUUUGGUAGAUGAGAAAAGGCAACCAAAGAUGCUACCUAAAUCUGGUGGAAUUGCUGAACAAUGUGGAGCUGAAGAAAUUUGGCUCAAUUGUAGAAACACUCGCAGUUUGGCAGCUGGCACAACAGAUUCUGUAAAGUUGGCUAGAUUUUUUGACAAAGUUAUUGAAAAGAAAAUUAGCUCCCGUGAGUCUGGUAUGUUUGGAGUGACGGAAAGAAGAAAACUUAUUACUUCUUCUUCGUAUACACCAGCGGAAAGUGCUCCCUUAUACAUUCCACCUUCAAAAAUAAUUGAUGCUAAUUAAUAUUUUGUAUAAAGAAUAGGUACAAAACUUGUUUAUAUUAUUUGAACUAUAAUGCAAUAAAUCAGAUUGAAUAUAAA